UCUAAAAAAAUCUCUCUAAGUUUUCCACUGAUCGCAUCUUCAUCCAACUGUGAGAAUUUCCAGUCAGUCAGUGAUGAGCGUGCACUGUGUCCGGUCGGUGUUCCGGGGCGCGCGGGGUGGGAGAGGAGGGUGUCGCGCGCUUCAGCGAUCCGCUACAUCUCAUCACCUCAGAGUUUCUCUCGCGCGCAUCUCUUCAUCAUGUCGCGAUGUCCCCCUGACACCGGUUCCGCUCCGCUCCCGUGAUGCUCGUGAUGAUGAUGAUGGUGACGGAUGAAAGAUGGAGAAACUAUCCGCGAGCAUUAACGGACUCUCGUGGAGCUCCGUGUCGCUGCCGCUGGACGUCAUCGUGAGCAAAUUCCGCUUACCGACUCCCGUGCGGCUCAGCCAAGGUGAAAAUGUGGAGGGUCUGUCAGAGGACGACACCAUCCUCCUUCACUCCUGCAGACAGUGGACCACCGUCACGGCACACACCCUGGAAGAGGGCCAUUAUGUGAUCGGACCCAAAAUAGACAUCCCGCUACAGUAUCAAGGGAAGUUUAAGUUAUUGGAUCAGGAUCGUGGUGUACGUGAGCCGGUCCAGUAUUUUGGAAGCGUGGAGGAAAUCGCUGGCAUCUUUCCCGAUCGCGUGUUUGUCAUGGAGCCGAUCACAUUCAGUGUCAAGGUGGUUUCUGGGGAGUUUACAGAAGACAGCGAACUGUAUAAUUUCUCUCUACAGGGGGGUGACGAACUAACUCUUAUGGGUCAGGCAGAGCUGCUAUGUGUCCAAUCAACUCGCGAGAAAUCCCGCCUAACCGCACUGCUACGGCGUCUCGGCAAGGCAGGUGGAGCUUUGGGACGUCCCGCCCGCACAAAGAUGCCUUGUUUGAUAUGCAUGAAUCAUCGGACCAACGAGAGCGUGAGUUUGCCGUUCCAGUGCCGCGGGCGGUUCUGCACUCGCUCGCCGCAGGAACUGCAGAUGCAGGGAGGUGAACACACUGUACGCAGUAUCAUCGAGCAUGUGCGCCUGCCUGUAAACGUGUCCGUGCCCUCACGACCUCCACGCAACCUGUACGAUCAGCACGCCAUCCGAGAGGGCCAUCGAUAUAAACUUCUCAGCAUCAUCAGCAAAACGGUCGUCCUCUGCUGCGUACUGCGCAAAGAGGAAGUGACGCCCUCUCACUUCCUGUUAUUGACGGACAUGCCCCGUUUCACUCUGCCCGAUGGACUCUUGCGUGCGGACGCUUCUUACCAGCAGGUGGUGCUGCAGUGUGCCCUAAGCUGCCAGGAAAACUUCAACCCCGACGAUUACUCGCGCGCCGUGCGGGAGGUGAAGACAGAUUUCUCAGAGGAGUGUCUCAGCCCGCGACGGAUUCGGGUGUGCGUUCAGGGCUACGGACGAGACGAGCUGGGGACGUCGCUGCAGAGACUGUCCUUAUGCGUGUACGGGGGCGGGGGUGUCACGCACACGAUCUCGCACGGCUGCAGAGACUCGCUGGGCGACUCGCAGACGCUGCCCUCUAGCGACGGAGAGGAACGGGAAUACGUCACGCCUGAUUGGUCUACGGAGACGCAGGAGAUUCCGUACGAGGAGCUCUGGACCAAUCAGCCGUCUGAAAGCUUUGGCGUGACUACUGAGAGCGGCAUGAAGGCGGAGCGUAACCUCAUAUCAUUUCACUCUACAUCCACAUCGUUGGAUGGACUGGUGGGCUCCACACAUGUCGCUAUGGUGCAGAUGGAAGCAGGAAGAGUAUCGACUCCACCCCCCGUCCCACCCAAAUCAGAAGCUGUGAAAGAGGAGUGUCGUUUCUUGAAUGCUCCUCCUGUUCCACCCCGCUGUGUUAAAGGUCCCGCCCCAAGCCCACCGGUCCCGCCUCGUUUCCCUCAAACCCCACCCACACAGACUCUCAGCCCAAACCUCUCAUUUUAUUCAUCUGGACUGCAGGAGAGUUCGGCUCCUCGCAGUUGCAGUAGCUCUCCGUCGCCGGACUCUUAUUCUCUGUACUGUUACCCCUGCACCUGGGCCGACUGUGUGACCUCUGCCUCCAGCGUGAGUCCUGAUCUCACCCGUCCCGCACAGGCCUGUUGGUCUCACCCUCGAGGAGGCGGGGCCCACACCUCCAACGUUCUAAACACGCCUCUUCUCAGCACUGACUCUGCCCAAAAGAACUACUCCACCUGCCCCAGACCACGGCCAGUGGCGCAGAAUCGCUUCGCACCGUUUGGCGCUCUAAACCCUUUCGCCAAUCCCGGCCAUGCCCUCGGCUCCUCUGAUUGGAUCACCACUGGUAGGGACUCGCCCACACUGAUACCUGACCUCAUUAGCUCCACCCCCCAGGAACCUCAAGCCACUCAGGGAGGUUCAGAGGCGGAUCCAGAGCCUCCGCCCCGACCGGUCAAGGGCUCAGAAGAGGACACGGUCACGAUAAACCCCGCCUCCGGAUCCGUUACCAUGGUGAGAGGUGCUGAAGGGGGAGCUGGGUCGUCGUGGCGACCCCCCGCAGAGCUCUGCUGGCUCUCGGUGGAGGAGGUUUCCGCCAGCCUGCGCUUCAUCGGUCUUUCGGACGAUGUGAUUGGUCUGUUCAGUCGAGAGAGAAUCGACGGCUCUAUUUUCACUCAGCUGACGGAGGAAAUCCUGUCAGAGGACUUUAACCUCACCAAACUCCAGGUCAAAAAAAUAAUGCAGUUUAUCAAGGGAUGGAGACCCAAAAUAUAGUGUGUGUGUGUGUGUCGGAUGUUUUGUAAGUGUGUGUGUGUGUGUGUGAAGGAAAGAAACUUCUAUUAUAAAAUUAUACACCUCUCUAAUUGAAGGACAGACAGAUUGUGACUAAUAUAUUAUCGAGCACUAUUUGAUGUUUUGUUGUUAUUUUUUAAAUGGAGAAUAUUAUCGAGUGCCUUGAGCAGACAGUCAGAGAUCAUCCGAUGGUGUUCUGUUGUCUUUGAAGGGUUAUUGAGAGAGUUUGAUCUGCUUUCUAGUGUCUCUCUUUCUUUCUGUGACGAUUGUCAAUUGAACAGCACAAAUAUUUGCAGUCAUCAAGACUGCACCUGACUUUAUAUGCAAGUACGCAAAUGCUUUAAUAAUACUCUUGUCAUAUUGAACAUGCUAAUACCCUCACAUGACUUUCCCAUUAACGCUGAAGUGUGUCAGUUCUUUGCCAGGAGUGACACAAGUGAAAUUUUGGAAAUAAUUGUUUUUAAACUUAUUUCCUGAAAAGAAAUCGUAGAAGUUUCAAUUUUACACCAAUGUGACCUGAAGCACAAUUCGAAGCGACACUAUGAAAAGCACAUGUAUGAAAUAAGCACAUGUUGCUUGAGGCAUUUGCGUUCACAUACUUGCACAGGGGUCUGGACUUUAAAAGAAUAAAUAUUUAAAUGGUAGUUGUAUAUUUUCAGCACUAUUUCUUUUAUAUGCUUUGCUAUCGCACAGGACGUGAGAGAGAUGCUGGGAAAGCUUUGGAGAUUUAAAUAUAAAACGUUUGUGAUGUACAUGUUAAUAAGAGCAGUGUGGGUUUACAGUGUAUAGACAGAAACACACUGUAAUUAGGUGACAGUAAUGAAAGAGUUUACUAACCUGCAGCCCACACUGAUGGAGCGCGUGUGAGUCAGAGCUGAACUGAAAAUGUUUAAGCAAACUUGUAUCACUUCUAAAGUGUUAUAUCAGCAUUUCACAGAGACCUCUGGGAUGUUUAUUUAACAGACUCCCCUCUGUAGACACAUUUGUACUUUGAAUAAUAUUUAACAACGGUAGUGCGUGUUUCAUUUGUACUGUAACUCCAUCAUUUGUAUAAUUUAAUCCUGACGGAUUAGCUACAGAAAAGAAUAAAUCAAGAGUGCUCACUA